AUGAUCAUACACAGGUUUCGCUGGGUUCAGUGUCAACUGGACGAAAUUGUGGCUUGCAAAAGACUUGUAGAUAUCAAGGAAGCCCUCAAUAACCUUCCAGCUGGACUUUACGAGACGUAUGAUAGGGUUUUUCAGACUAUCAAACAAAGAGGACGAAGCGAUGACCAAAUUGCUCGGAGUUAUUUACUUUGGCUGGCUGGCGCGCUCACCCCAUUGAUGCUUGAUCAGCUCAAAGAAGCAAUGAUGAUUGAAGUCGGAAAAUCAAAACUUAAUCCAAACCUUGGUGUGAUGGACCCUUUGGACAUCGUGGCCGCGUGCGGAAACCUUGUGGCCUACGAUAAGAAAACUAGUGCUGUCGCUCUGUCUCAUUAUAGCGUCAAAGUAUGA